CAGUCCGCCUGCCCGUGACCCAUGUCCCGCCGCAAGGCCGGCUGCAUGCCUCGCCGAAGAGAGCCCGCUCCCGCCGCCAACUCAGACGACGAGAUGGAGAUGCCGGACCUCUUCAUCGAUGUGAAGCUCGAGCCGGACCCGCGGCCCCUACAGGCCCGGCGGCUAGGGCCCUUCAACCCGAAGGAAAUGCCCGCGCCGGGGCGGUUCGAGGGCGAACCCCGCCACUCCCCCGGCCCCGUGCCCGCUGGCGGCCUCUUCCACGCCCUGGGCCUGCGCAACCAGUGGGCGCCGUGGACGCCGCUGACCCCGCACCUUCCCGACCGCCAGCCGUGGACCGACAAACACCCAGAUCUGUUGACCUGCGGCCGCUGCCUGCAGACUUUCCCGUUGGAGGCCAUCACUGCUUUCAUGGACCACAAGAAGCUGGGCUGUCAGCUCUUCAGAGGCCCCAGCCCCUGCCAGAGCUCAGAACGCGAGGACCUGAAGGCCUUGAGCUGCCUCCGCUGCGGCCGACAGUUCACAGGAGCCUGGAAACUGCUGCGCCACGCCCAGUGGGACCACGGACUGUCCAUCUACCAGACGGAACCCGAGGCCCCAGAGGCCCCGCUGCUGGGCCUGGCCGAGGUGGCUGCUGCCGUGUCGGCGGUGGCGGGGCCAGAAGCCGAGGCCAAGGGCCCCCGGCUGGGUUCCACCCGACGGAGCCCCACCUGCCCCGUGUGCAAGAAGACCCUCAGCUCCUUCAGCAACCUGAAGGUGCACAUGCGCUCGCACACUGGCGAGCGGCCCUACGCCUGUGACCAGUGUCCCUAUGCCUGCGCCCAGAGCAGCAAGCUCAACCGCCACAAGAAGACCCAUCGGCAGCAGCUACAGCCCCAGAGCCCCUGCGUGGCCGAUGCCAGUCGGGAGCAGGCCUCCGCUGCCCCUCCGGAGCCGGCCGCCCAUGCCGCCGCCCCGGCCAGCAUCCUCCAGUGCAGCGGCGGAGAGGGGGCCGGAGCAGCCGCCACGGCGGGGGUCCAGGAACCUGGGGCUCCUGGCGGUGGGGCCCAGGUGGGCCCCGGCGUGGACGGCUGGGGAGCUGACACCAAGGAGCAGAGAACUGACCCCGAGAAGAACCAGAAGACGUCACCCAAGAAGACGCUGAAGCCAGCGGGCAAGAGCCGGGGCCCCGGGCCCGGGGGCAGCUGCGAGUUCUGCGGGAAGCAUUUCACCAACAGCAGCAACCUGACGGUGCACCGGCGCUCGCACACGGGCGAGCGGCCCUACGCCUGCGAGCUCUGCUCCUACGCCUGCGCCCAGAGCAGCAAACUCAACCGCCACCGCCGCAUGCACGGCCUGGGGCCUGGCGGGCCCCGCUUCAAGUGCCCCCACUGCUGCGUGCCCUUCGGCCUGCGGGCCACCCUGGACAAGCAUCUGCGGCAGAAGCACCCCGACGUGGUUGGGGAUGCCUGAGCCGCGGGAAUGCCCCCUGCGGUCCCCCGCACCGCCGUGAACCGCUUCUGUGACCUCCCUGUCCUUCCCCUGCAAGUAAAUCCUCCCUCCCCACAGUUA